UGCUCAGACACUCACCAACCCCCCUGACUGACACACUCGGCAACAACAACAAUACAUGUAGCCUGAUGAAAAACAUGGAUAUUUACAGGUCUUCUUAGACCAAAGAUAUCAGCAGACAAGAGGCACUGAUGACUUUGACACAAUCUCUUCAGUAGUUGUUCAUAAGUGCAUAACAACCUUUUAUAUAAUUUUCAGAAUAGUAUUAUUAUUAUAAGUUGAAGCAAAAUGGAUCUGACAUCCAAACAUGGGCUGGUGCUCCUCAACCAGUUGAAGAGAAUGAAGGAGACAGAGCAUCUGACCGAUGUGGUAUUGGUGGCUGAGGGCAUCAGCUUUCCCUGUCACAGAGUUGUUCUAUCCGCCUUCAGCCCUUACUUUCGUGUUAUGUUCACAUGUGGCCUUCGUGAGUGUAACAACAGAGAAAUAUUCCUGCGUGACACACCUGCAGACAGCCUGGCUCUCCUCUUGAACUACAUGUACUGCUCCGAUCUUCCUCUCACUAACGCCAAUGUACAAGGCAUCUCCAUUGCAGCUUUUCUCCUGCAGAUGGAUGAUGUCUUCACCCGCUGUCAGCAGCACAUGACAGAGAACAUGGAUGCCUCUAACUGCCUUGGUGUGUAUUAUUUUGCCCGUGACCUCGGCGCAGAGGAACUGGCUGACCAUGCUCAGCGCUUCUUGAGGCAGCACUUUGUCCAAGUCUGCCAGAAUGAGGAGGUCCUGGAGCUGGAGGCUCAUCAGCUGGGGAAGCUACUAACUUCUGAUGACCUUAAUGUUUCCCGAGAAGAGACCAUCCUGGAUGUGGUCCUUCACUGGGUCAAACACAGCGCUCUGAUGGAUGGAGAGGUUCGUGUUCGGCACCUUCCAGAGCUCUUGAGGAAGGUCCGUUUGCCACUGAUAAGCCCUGACUAUUUAAGAGAGGCGAUGAAUAGAAAUACAGCCCUGCUGGCCAAUGCUGAAUGUUUAGAGAUGGUGAAUGAAGCCCUGGAGGCCACAGCGAUGCAUCCCUCGGCUGCACCACGUAAACUAAAGCUGCGCUACGGCAUGGAGACCACAGAUCUGCUGCUCUGUGUUGGUAAUGAUGGUGGUGGGAUUAGGUCAAGAUAUGGGAACUACACUGAGCGCAGCUUUUGCUACGCCCCAUCCACAGGCCGAACAUACUACAUCACCUCACCUCGCUAUGGAGAGGCUGUGGGGUAUGUGUGUACUGGGGUUGUAACUGAAGGAAACGACAUUAUUGUGGCAGGAGAGGCAGGUGUGCGGAGAAUGGCCCGACAGAAGAUCAUGAAUGUUGAGAUCUACAGGUACAAAGUAGAGGCCCAAGGAAGCUGGGAGCGCCUGACUUCUGCAGAGUAUCGCGAUUCUUACGCCCUGGGAUCACUGGGCGACACCCUGUACCUGCUCGGUGGGCAGAUGAAGCUGAAGAACCAGUUUCUCAUCACUAACUGUGUGGAGAGAUGGUCUCUGCAGGGCGGACCCUGGCGGAGUGCAGCACCCCUGCCUAUGCCUUUGGCCUAUCACAGCGUGGUCAGGAUGAAAGAUCGCCUUUAUGUGAUGGGUGGUCGAACCCCACAGUCAUACCGAAUGGAUGACGAGCCUGACCGUCUUAGUAACCGCCUUCUGGAGUAUGAUCCAAAUACAAACAAGUGGACAGAACUAGGUCCAAUGAAGUACUCAAAGUACCGUUGCAGUGCUGUGGUACUCAAUGGUGAAAUUUUUGUGAUGGGAGGAAUUGGUUGUGAAGGUGUGGACCGUGGGCAAUCCCGCCACUGCCUCGAUGCUGUGGAGAUCUACAAUGCAGAUGGAGAUUACUGGAGGGAUGGCCCUCCUCUCCCAUGUGCACAACUCUCACUGCACACCAAUGCCUGUAAUGCAGGAGUGGUGGGAGGCAAGAUUUAUGUGUGUGGAUAUUACAAAGGAGCAGGUCGUCAUGAUGAUAUAACAAAGGACAUUUUAGAGCUGGACCCUUGGGAGAACCGGUGGACAGUGGUGGCUCGUCGCGCUCUGAUGCAUGACAACUAUGACGUCUGUUUAGUGGCAAAUCUCAACCCAAGGGGACUCAUGUCCCCUCCUGCAGACUUAGUGAAACAGUGACACCCCUGUCAGAUCAGAUCAAAGUCUGGGCUUGGGAGAAUUAGUGAAGGAAAUUAAUUAUUAAUUAUUAAUGCACAUAUCACUGGGCCAAAGGCAUUCAUUUUUUCAAGCAGAAAGGUCUAAGUGCUCUGCAUGAAAGAGGAUCUGCAGUUAAUGAUUUGCACGUUCUUGAACAAAAAUAGAAUAAUUUGUAAAUAGUGUUUUUGUUGCUUUUUUAUUUUAUUGUGUAUCAUCUGCAGAGAAGAUUGAUCACCUGAAACCUGCAGCUGUGUGAGUCAUGGCUGGGAUAGUAUUAUCAACAAAUGAUUUCCUUUGAAAUUAGGAAAUAUUCAGAUAUGAAUUAUGGACUUCUGCAUUCACACUAAUCAAACCAAAAUCCUGAGUAUGUAUUUGAACUGUUUUAGAGGGUAAAUACUACACCCUUAAUGUCUUAAUGACUACAGUAAAUUGACAUGGCAGACCAUGGAGAUUGGAUUAUAUAUACAUAAAUCUAUAAAUCUAUAAAUCUAUAUAUAUAUAUAUAUAUAUAUAACUAACCCUAACCCUUUUUUAGGUAUGCUUUCUAAAGCAGAAUAAAACACCUAUUAUGGAGUGGUUGUUGUGGUUUGAACACAGAAUAUUUUUGUUUGUUUAUAAUUUAAAUGUGCACUUGUCAGUUUAUUAGGUACACCUGGUUCCAACUAAUGCAGUAUUACACAUAAGUCUUCAAAUCCUGCCUUCAUAAAGGUUAUAGUGUUUAGUUUAGUUUUUUAACUGAAAGGUGUUUUCUAAUAUUUAGUCUACCCUUACCGAUAAAAAACAUCUGACAGUAUAACAGUGAAACAAGGAGCUGGGUCUCUGUUGGUGACAUGUAUGGAAAGUGACAUCAAGAUAAAAUUGUAAAGGCUGCCUUUAUUAUAAAUUACUAUUACUUAUUCUUUCUACAACACAAUGUGUCUUUAGAAGAUCAGAAUUCAGGGGUCACAGAAAUUAUAUGAUAGAUACAUUUGGUUCUGAGUAAUUAUUUAAUAGAAUUAUUAUUUGUUAGUUUAUUUUCAAUGUGAAGUCAGCAGUUUAAGCAAUGAAUGAGUUUAUUUUAAAAAGUCUUCAGAGACACUUAACUGUUGACUGCAAUAUUUUGUCAGCAGCAAAAAUGAACAAGAUUAAAGACUUAAAACAUG